CAAAUCGGUAUUAUGAAGGUGGUGAUUUUCGCGUGUACGUUAGCGGCGGCGGCGGUGAUUGCAGCGGGGGCACCCGCUGCCACUAAUGGUGCUGAAGAGCGGGUGAUGUUCGUGCCUCAGCCGCAGCAGUAUCGAUCAAGGAGGUCACACUUCGCGCCCUCUUAUGGAGCACCCUGUGCGGGACCAGUGCUGCCUGCUAUUGCCCCAGCCCCGGCCUACCUGGCUCCUAUUCACGGCAGCAUCGGCUACGGAGGCGGAGGCUACGGCGGUGGCGGCCAUGGAUACGGCGGAUAUGGACCGCACUACCGAGCUGAAGAUGGGGAGACUGAAAUCCUGAACUUCUCCGAUAUGGAGCAAGGCAUGUCGGAGCACGUGCCGAUGGCGAGAUAUGGAGGUUACGGCGCUGCCCCUGUUAUCCACGGAGGCGCAGGCAUAGCUGGUUUAGGGCUCGGUGGAGCUGUGGCGACUGGGCCGGCGUAUGGUGUGUUCCCACAUGCUAACACUGGUGGUUGUAACGUGCCGCUGCUAUUGAGCUGCUCGCCAUCGAUAGUGCCUGGACGCCUGGUGAAGAGUUACGGUGGUUACGGGGCUGCGGUCCCGGCAGUUGGCGUGGCCGCGACUAACGCGUACCGUGGUGCCGAUGACCAGAAUCUGGAGCAUGAAGAGAACCCAGAGGAACCUCAUGAAAACCUGGAGCCUGCCGAAGACAACACGCACUCUAGUUAA